AUGGCAGAGCUGGGCAGGGUCUGGGCAAACACUGAUGCUGAUGAGCACCAGGCUAUAAAGGGCAGCCUCUCUUCUCCUCUCCCAGCGAUCCACGACACGCCGUUAUUCCUCCGCAUCUCCAGAUAACAGGGAUCAAAGAGGAUGGUGGCAGCAGCCAGACUCGCCCUCCUGCUGCUGGGCUGCAUGGGGCUCCUGCAGCCAGCCGCUGGCAGGUACAUAAGCUACUGCCCUAACGGCUGGUCCUACUACAAGCUCAACUGCUUCAAGUACUUCCCUGAUGUCCGGACCUGGGACGAGGCUGAGAGGCAGUGCCAGGCCAUCCAGGACGGUGCUCACCUGGCCUGGGUAGAGGACCGGCACGAGGCCAUCACCCUGCAGAAAGCUAUCUCCUACCACCAGCGUGUGCAGCCCGUCUGGCUCGGGCUCCACUACAGUGAAGAGAGCCAGGACUGGAAGUGGACAGGUGGGGAAAAGUACAGCACUGCCAGCGGGCUGCCCGGGAAUGGUGCCAGUCCGGGGAAAUGCGCCGUGUUGACCCACCAGAGCAGCUUCAGUCUGUGGUCCAGCGCCAACUGCACUCAGAAGCAUCACUACAUCUGCAAGUUCACCCCCUUGCACUGAGCACAGCCUUUGGCCCGUGGGGGACCCCAUGC